AUGCCAGAGAACCCGACAGACAAGGUGUUUGCCGUUUUCGACAAGGGUGCAUCGGCAGGUAUACAGGAGAGAAUGGUCAGUGGCAGGACAUCAAUCCAAGCGCGUAUAGAUGUAUGCUAACGUCGCCGCUUUGUGUGCGUACAGAGCACCCCAAAGACUCGGACAGCACCGCAGGAUCCGGCGCUCGCACGCGAGGAAGCGAACAAGCGUCCUCGGCGGGCUGCGGCAGAGGCCGCAGAUGCUGCUUCCGUUCUUCAAGCUGCUGCUCAACGCGAGGCGAUCAAGGAAAGCCGGCGCAAGGGUCGCACACCGCGAGAAGAGGUCAGCAUCAAGAGUGGUGGAGCUGGGCGCCCAUCCGACGCCAAGUCCGUCGAGGGAGAUGCAAGGUCCAGCUCCGAAGCUCCCGAGGUGACAGCGGUGCGGCUUGGAAAGGGCAAGCGCAAGGACAAAAAGGGCGAUAGCAUCUCCCCUCGCAAGCAUCACAAUGGAGUUCCGGCCGGCGUCAGCUUCAAGUCUAGACAGCCACUCGAGCUAUCCCUCGACGUCAAGGGAACUGGAACCAAAGCGGAGCAAGCGCACAGCUUUUUUGCUCGACGACCUGCAGCUGCAGCAGCUCCAGCCCGGGGCGCUCAAGCAGCUGUGAGCGACGCCAAUGAGCAGCGGAACCUCGAACCACUGCGCCGAGUGUCCUCGAUAGCGAAACGGAAGCCUCAGCUCGAGGCUCCCUUUCCAGGACCUGGUCAUGCUCACGUCAAUUGGGCGACGCAAGAGUCUGCAGCCUCUUCACGGGUCUUCGAUGGGCGCGCUCCACGGGACAAAGGCAAAGCGCGCCAGGUGGACGAGACGUGCACCGAGCUUGCAGCUAUAUGCAACCACGAAUCGCGGAGAAAUGCAGGCGAGGGACCCUCCUCGAUGUCCAUCCCGAGGAGAGGUGAGCCGCAAGAGGUACUGUCAAGCUUUUUGGAAGAGGUUGUUCCUCUGGCAAAGGCGAGGUGUCGUGAUGGCUCGCUACCUGCUGCUCUGACCCGCGCUAUCAACACUGUCACAGACCGUGGUGCCAGCCAUGAAGCGAAGCGCACGAGCGAAAUGUGGACUCACCGUUGGCGUCCGUGUUCGGCAUCCGACUGUCUGGGCAACGAGGAGAUGGCAACGUACCUACGAGACUGGUUGCGGGAGCUUGAAGUGUCGCCUUGGGAGAGGAGAGAAACGCAAAUAAGCGGCGUCGAAUUGAGGGCAGACGUGAGGUAUGCAAGCGUUCCAAAGCGUCGCGCAGUCGAGAAACGUGUGGAAAAGUCUGCGCAACGGCGUCUUGGUCGGUCGUCUACCAGAAGAAAGAGACGAGGGCCCGGUGGCUACAGCUCUGGCGACGACGAAGACGAUAUGGCUGAUUUCAUCGUGGAUGAUGAAAUGUCAGAGGGAGAUCACGUCGAGGAUUCCAACUUUGACAACUUUCGGCCUCCGGGCGAUGCGAAUCACGGAGCUGCCCUCUCGCGCGCAACGGACACGGCGCCAAUGUCACCAGCCUCUUCCGUCGCACUCCUUCCAGCUUCGAUGAAAGCCGCUGCGGGCACGCCUGGAUCCUUUGCAGCAGUGGAGCAUUUCAGGAACUGCAUCGUCCUCACGGGGCCAAGCGGGGUGGGCAAGACCGCUGCAGUGUAUGCGUGCGCUUCAGAGCUUGGGUGGGAGGUGUUCGAAUUGUUUCCUGGAAUGAAGAAACGGAGCGGAAAGGAUCUCGAAGGCGCGGUGGGCGCACUCUCAAGAAAUCACAUGGUUGGCUCUGGAGGCGGGGCAAGUGGAGUCUCAAAUAGUCAGUCUACCAAUGCUCUUUCUGCUCUCAUGAGUCGUGGCAAUGAGGCAAGCCCUGCCACAGCAUCUUUCGAGCCCAGUGCGGUUCGACAAAGCUUGAUCCUGCUAGAAGAAGCAGACAUUCUAUACGAAGAGGACAAAGGGUUCUGGCCUGCGGUGGUUCAGUUGGUGGCAACUUCGCGCAGACCAAUCGUCAUUACAUGCAACGGUGAGUCACGUGAAAUGACACCCAAUACGCUCUGGGCUCGCUUCUAAUCACGCUGCAUGCCCGCUAGAUGUCGACUAUGUCCCUCUUUCGGAUCUCCCGGUGCAAGAGGUGCUGCAGUUUUGCAGCCCCACACCUUCCAUAGCCGUACCUUAUCUUCAAACCAUUGCCCUGGCUGAAGGUCACAUGCUGGACUCUGAUGAGCUUGCAGAGCUCUACGACACCACCACUACGCUGCAUGAUCCCCUGUCGGAGCGCAGGGUAGCUGCGAAUGGCCCAUUGCAUCCCGCUACCGAGCUCAUACACUCCGAGCGUCGAUGCGACAUCGACAGUAGCCCCACGGUCUCUCACGAUCUCCGAGCCGCACUGAACCAGAUCCAAUUUGCAUGCCAGCACGCGGUCGGCGUGCCUCGGAAUGUCGACGGCGGUCUAGGGGAGGAGCACGCCGAGGAAUGGACACCGUCUUCGGAACACGGGCUAUGGAAUCUGACGUCGCUUCACGGCUGCGCGAGGGCAGAGGGCCAAGAUGACAAAGGAGAGGCGAGCUGUGUAGUCUCCGAGACGCAUUCUCCCGUGGACGCUUUGAAGAAGGUGCGCCUCCUCGGCAUUGCCUGUAACGCCCGGUCUUUUGCAGACGCGCAUCUGCAGCGCAUCUUUCGAAGAGACAGCGACGUGAGUCUAUGCUGGUGGCUAGGUGGCAUCAUCGGGUAAUCGCUGACCACAAUUCUCUUGCGUGCCUGCCUUAGUUGUACGAGCAUGAGCAAAUGUGCGCUAGCGUUAGCGACGUGCAACAGCCUGCGCACGUCUCGCAGCUCUACAAGUCCCAUCCUUAUCCAGAGACCAUCGCCAUUCCUUCCAUCAAAGGCGAAGAUCGCCUACUGGCCGCCAUUCAGGAUUGUGCGCAAAAGCUUCUCAGCAGUGCCGAUUGCGUUGCGCUCCAACCGUUCGACCCGCUUGCAUUCGACUUGGCGCGGUGAGUGCUGCUAGCCACAUGUCCACAUAGGCCUUGCUAGCUUUCUCUCUCUGACUUGACUACCUCUUGUCGUCAGUUUGCGCCACUGCAAGGACGUGUGGACGUUGCUACGCUUGCAACAGCCCCCGUAUAGCUAUCGUCUACCUCGCGAGCAGACCGUGACCGAGUACGCUCCAACCGUGAGGCAUAUUCAUGCUCUCGAUGACGAGGCGGAAGCUUCCCAUGAACAGGCUAUUGCCGCGGCAGUCGCCGAAGCUCAAAAAGCCCCUUUGGAGGAUCAGCCAAUACGCAGUCUACGAGCUACCAGAAAUUCAGCUAGAAGCACCCUAGACGGAGGCUUGCCCAACCGUCAUUAUGAGCGCUGGUACCUCGCUGGACCGGAAGAGCUUGCAGCGGCGAGAAGAGGCCGACUUUUGCAAUAG